AUGCCCGGAGAAGACCAGGCUUCGGACUCUCAAGAGCAUGCGGCCAACCGCCAAGACCAAGAGAUUGUCUCGGAAAAUGAAGAGCCGCAGCAGCAACGACGACAGUGGACACUGCCCGCAUGGCUAAACCAUUUCAACAUCCAUGAUCUCAAAAUUCUCUUCCGCUGCUGGGCAGCAACAUGGGUCGCCACGAUUCUCAUCUUCAUCGGCCCUGCGCUCAACAGUAUUGGUAUCGCCACUUUUUUCGGCUCGCUGCUGCUGUACAUCGUGCCGCCGGCCAGCAUCUUAUUUGUCUAUCUACUCGCCUCUCUCUCGCUCCUCCUGGGCAUGUGCCUCGGAUGGGCCUGGGGCCUACUUACGAUGAAGGCGGCAUUAGCAGCACGACCAGCGCCGGAGACGCAGGCGAGGUUCCUGGCCCUCCAGCAGCAGGCUGCCGUGCAGGCCCAGCAAUCCGGCGAGAGCGUAACCUGGGAGGCGCAAAAGCUUGUCCAUGACGGCUUCAUGCUCGAUGCUCGUGUAACGGUGGUGUUCUACGUCAUGUGCUGCGUGUUUGUGUACACGCUGGCCCGUUUGCGGUGCAGUAACGCCAAGCUGGUCCUGAUGCAGCUCUUUGGCACCAUUAUUGUCGAUAUCUUCUUGCUAUUCGGACCGACGGUACCGACAUUCACUGCGAAUCUGGCCUCGGUCCUGGUGAAGCCGGCUGCUAUAGGCAUUGGCCUAGGCGCCGCAUGCUGCCUCCUCUUCUUUCCCCAGUCAACCUCAUACGUGGUGCUUGACAAGAUGGAGAAGCUCAUUCGCAUGGUGGAGACGUCGCUGGACUCAACUCGGAGGCGUCUAGCGAACGAACCAGUGCAGCUGGAUAAGUUGAGAGCCGCCCGGGGCCAGAUGAUUACCGUCUACAAAGCUAUGGAACCGACCCUUGCAUUCCUCCCCCUCGACUUUUCGCGCGGCCGCUGGAACGCAGACGACGUCAAGGGGCUGCAGGGGCGGAUCCGUGAGGCCAUGUUUGCGAGCCUGUCCCUCAUCGACUUUCACAUCACGAGGAUAGCGGCUGUGCAGAAAGAGGAAAAGUUGGAGAUGCAGAAAGCAGCCCAGGAUGCAGGUGAAGGAACAGCUUCUGAGAAGGACGGUCAUACAAUUGGCCGUCGUCAGUUGGAGGAAAGCGCAGACUUGAUGAAUGCUCUCAAGAGUCCCGAGCAGGGCGCGAUGCGCGCUCGCGCAUUAGAGUCGCUGAGAGGGACUACUGCUGAAGUCUUGCAGGUCUGCUCGCAAUCCAUCAAGCUCGUUGCGCAGUGCAUCCACACCGUCAAUACUUGCCGAUGGACUGGCAAACCUUCGCAGCAGAAGUUUGACGACUUGGCCAAAGAGCUGCAAGACACAUUGGCAACGCUUCGCUCGGCCACAGCGACCUGCGUCACAAACACUACCGAAGGUGUCCUGGAAAGCCAUGCAGAUCUCUUCGACAAGGACGGCAAGCUGAAGUAUUCGGAGAGUCUCAGCCCUCCCUCGCUGCAAGGGAUAGUCAUCUCCAUGGUCAUUGAAGAGCGCAUACUGGGCAUGGCAGUGGCAAUAGAGAAAUUGCUGGAGCAUGUUCUACAGCUCACGAAGACGCGAACCGUCCACCGCAUCUGGGUCCCCUCUCGUCUACAGUAUGCGGUCUCCUGGCUAUUCAACGGCAAGCUUUCUGUCUCUAUCUCCGGCAUCUCGACCGACGCCGCCGCCGAUCCCGACCGUCUCCUUGAUUCUGCUACGCUUCAGGAGCAGGCCAAGGAAGCUCGCCGACAGCUGCGCAUCAGUCGAAAGUACUACGACUUAUCUGCACGGAGGAGCCCCUUGAGCCGUGCCAUCGUCGGCACGUACAAGUGGCUCACCAACCCAGCCGGUAUGUAUUCGCUCCGCAUGGUUGUCGUGACCAUCGCAACGUCCAUCCCCGCGUCUAUCCCGCACUCGGCCGGCUUCUUCUACCGCGAGAAGGGCAUAUGGGGCGUCAUCAGCGCUCAGACGUGUCUACUCUUGUACAUGGCCGACUUCACCUUCUCCCUCGUCUCCCGUGGGCUCGGCACGGUGAUUGGCGGUGUCAUGGGUAUGGUAGCGUGGUAUAUCGGGUCCGGUAACGGCCCAGGGAACCCGUAUGGCAUGGGAGCCAUCACGGCCGUCAUGAUUUUGAUACUCAUUUGGUGGCGUAUCUUCCUGCCACCAGCAUUUGCGCAAGCAAGCAUCAUGUCGGGGGCCACCUUUGCCCUCGUAGUCGGCUUCAGCUACGACCAACACCACAUCAACCAGUACGGGCUCCCAGGAGUAGGUUACGAGGCAUUCUGGAAACGUUUGGUAACGGUCCUGCUGGGCUUCGUCGCUUCAAUCGUUGUCCAGCUGUUUCCGAGACCCCCUUCGGCAACCAAGCACGUGUGCAAGACCCUUGCGAAUACGGUGCGAACCCUGUCAGAUCACUACGCUCUCCUACUCUCGCAUUGGGGUCGGACGGAUCAGAAUAGCCCGCUGGGCGCGGUGGCGGAGCAGAUUUCCCUCGAGGUAUCAGAUACACUCCUCUCACUAAAUGGAGCAAUCAGCCUGCUCAAGGUUGAGCUCAGCUUCGGCCGGUUCGACAAGAAGGUCCUCAAGGAGACACAAGAGCAAUGCCAGUACAUGAACCAGUCGCUGGGAAGGCUUCUCGAACUCUCUACUUCCCUUCCCAAGGAGCUGCAGGACCGCCUCGUUCGCACAGUUGGCAUCUUGGACGAUCGUUCCAUUGGAGAUAUCAUGGCCGUGCUGGGUAUCAUUGAGCUGUCAUUAAGGACUGGCUCUCCUCUACCAGAGAGAUUACCAGCGCCGCUGGUCCGCAGGUUUUUCGACUCAUGGUACGCACAGCAUCGUAAUGCCAUGUUGAGCACAACGCUGGUACGGGAUGAGAAUUACCGGCGGUAUUGCGUUGCGAUGUCGUCAUAUCUCAAGUUCUUAUCUACCAUUGAUGAUUUGGUGCUGGUGCUCAAGGCAGGAUUAGGGGAGUGUCAUAUUGUUUAUCAGUGGGAAGAUGCCUGA